AUGUCUAUUUUACGGAAGAGAAAUAAAAAUGACGCCUUCACAGAGUAUACGUGCAGUAUUCGGUUUUUGGACGACAGCGAAACUACACAGCUGACGUUCAAGAAAGACACGCUGGGACACUGGCUGUUUGACCAGGUCUGUGAGAAGCUGAAUCUGGUGGAGAAGGAUUAUUUCGGACUUCGUUAUGUGGACACAGAAAACCAGCGGCACUGGCUAGACCCCCUGAAGCCUGUCUACAAGCAGCUCAAAGGACUCAGUAAGAUGGUUCUUUGCUUCCGUGUCAAGUUCUACCCUGAAGAUCCCAUGAAACUGCAUGAAGAGAUUACCAGGUAUUACCUGUUUCUGCAGCUGAGGCGAGAUCUUCAUCACGGACGCUUGCUGUGUUCCCCUGAAGAGUCCAUCCAGCUGGCAGCCUAUAUCAUACAGUCGGAGGUUGGGGACUAUGACCCGCAAGAUCAUCCCAUUGGUUACGUGUCCAGCUUCAAGAUGUUACCCAAACAGACUCCUAGGUUGGAGGAGAAGAUCACUGAAGCACACAAGGCCUUGGCUGGUAAAGUACCCUCGGAGUGUGAGGCCAGCUUCCUCAAAAAGGCGGCCAGCAUGGAUACGUACGGUGUUGACCCACACCAAGUCAAGGAUCAGAAAGGGGACCCGCUGUACCUGGGAGUGACACACCUGGGGGUUAUGACAUUCCGUGGCAACAGACGCACCCAGCUCUUUAAGUGGAACCAGAUUAAAAGACUUGCUUAUGAAGGCAAAGUGUUCAUAAUUAACUACAGUAAUUCCGAGGAUGAUUCAGCUGGUUCUAAAAAGGUGAGUGAAUCCUUAGACAUAUCUAUAUACCAUAUUUUGGGACCUGUUAAACACCAGGCUGUGGGAUACAAGUGUCAGACUGCAGCCGCGGCCAAGUACUUGUGGAGAUGUUCCGUGGAGCAGCAGCUGUUCUUCACACUGUCAUCGUCAGCAACAGCACCCAAGAUCCGGUCUGGUGGAUCUCUUUUUUCUCGUGGUUCCAAGUUUCGAUUCAGUGGCAGAUGCCAAAAUGAGGCUUAUGAAGCCAGCGGCAACAUUCGCAGAGCUGAACCACCGUUUGCCAGAGCAUCUUCACUGCCCAAUGUGUCCAAGAAGAAUAAUCCUGGCCUGGUUAAGAACAACACAAUGAGGAACUCUCAGGCUUCCUCCAGCUUUAAAGAAGAUCGAAGGCAGUUUAAUGUGUAUCUGGCUAGAGGCAGAAACAAAGAAG